GCUAUGACCACCGCUAUCUUGGAGCGCCUCAGCACUCUGUCUGUGAGCGGGCAGCAGCUGCGCCGCCUUCCCAAGAUCCUUGAGGAUGGGCUUCCCAAGAUGCCUUGCACUGUCCCAGAGACUGACGUUCCCCAGCUCUUCCGCGAGCCGUACAUCUACACGGGCUAUCGCCCCACAGGCCAUGAGUGGCGUUACUACUUCUUCAGCCUCUUUCAGAAACACAACGAGGUCGUCAACGUCUGGACCCAUUUGCUGGCCGCUCUGGCCGUCCUCUUGCGGUUCUGGGCCUUCGCUGAGGCUGAGGCCUUGCCCUGGGUCUCUCCGCAUUCCCUGCCCUUGCUCCUGUACAUCCUGUCCUCCAUCACGUACCUCACUUGCAGCCUUCUGGCUCACCUGCUACAGUCCAAGUCCGAGCUCUCGCACUACACCUUCUACUUUGUGGACUACGUGGGCGUGAGCGUGUACCAGUAUGGCAGUGCUUUGGCCCACUUCUUCUACAGCGCCGACCAGGCGUGGUACGAGCGGUUCUGGCUUUUCUUCUUGCCAGCGGCUGCUUUCUGUGGCUGGUUGUCUUGUACCGGCUGUUGCUAUGCCAAGUAUCGUUACCGAAGGCCUUACCCAGUCAUGAGGAAGAUCUGUCAAGUGGUACCUGCGGGGCUGGCCUUCAUCCUAGACAUCAGCCCUGUGGCACACCGCGUGGCCCUGUGCCACCUAGCUGGCUGCCAGGAGCAGGCCGCCUGGUACCACACCCUCCAGAUUGUCUUCUUCCUGGUCAGCGCCUACUUCUUCUCCUGCCCUGUGCCUGAGAAGUACUUCCCGGGCUCCUGUGACAUCGUGGGCCACGGGCAUCAGAUCUUCCAUGCCUUCCUGUCCAUCUGCACACUCUCGCAGCUGGAGGCCAUCCUGCUGGACUUCCAGGGACGCCAGGAGAUCUUCCUACAACGCCACAGCCCCCUGGCCAUCUACUGUGCGGGUCUCUCCUUCUUUGUCUUGACUGCCUGCAGUGCAGCUACCGCAGCCUUCCUAAGACACAGAGUGAAGGCCAGGCUGACCAAGAAAGAUUCCUGA